AUGUCUGCUGAAAGCUCAGGGCAAAAGUCAGGAAUCCGCGGAUUCUUCCAGCACGCCAUCCGCCCGAAGAAAUCCCGCCAAACACUCCGCAAAGCAAAUCCAUCUACAGCCGACCUACCGCGCCCCAGCACAUCAAGCAACAGAGUCGAUAUAGGCGAUGGCUACUACUACGAAGAAGCACCACCGUUGCCAGGUUUGGCACCGCUGGAGGCGCACAGGCUAAAGUACAAAUAUGCGCACGAGCAGAUGGACACGCAGCUGGGCGAGCAUCGCGACUACACAACCAUUAUCCACGCACUGGGCAUGGAAGAGAUGGAUGAGAACUCCAGACCCGGAAAAAAUAGCGAAAACCGUCCACCAGGCGAACGGGACAUUGGGAAACUGCCACGAAACCUGUGGCUGCAAAUAGCAUCGAACCUGAACCCGGCCGAAGCAGCGACAUUAACCCUCGCCAACAAAACACUUUACCACCUCCUCGGCACGCAAUACCUAAUGGACUUAGAAAAGCCCUCGAACAGGGAAUACAGAAUCGACUUCCUAGUCGGGCUAGACGUACACCUCCCCCACCACCUCCUCUGUUUCCCCUGCGGAAAAUACCACCGUCGCACCCAAGAAGGAAAAGAACGUCUAAAACCCUCACACGUCGUCAACCCAAUCUUCAACUGUCCCGAAGCAACAAACUCCUUAAACCCGCCCCCGCGCCACAGAAUCACCCACGGCCGCAUGCUCCCCUUCUCCUUCGUGCAACUAAUCUGCCGGGCAAACCGCUUCGGCCCACGCUACGGCCUAACACCCGAAGCAAUGGCCCGCCGCUGGCAACGCGACGGCUGGUCACACACCUCCCGCUUCCUACUACACGAAGGCCGGCUCCUAAUGCGGGUAAGGAGCCAAGGCUUCGCCGCUCCAGGCCAGACGGUAUCGCAGAAGCGAAUGCUCCUGCACUCGCGCGAAGACUUCUGGCCGUAUUUCAGCUCGUGCGCACACUGGCGCGAUGGCGAGUUAAUGCCAGCGUGCAAAUGUGCGCUGGACCAUAUACCGCGGCCGCGCGAGACGGGCGGGUUGCAGGGGAUAGAGGCGAAGCUGAAAGAUAAGACGCAUGGAAGGGUAUUUGAUCCGAAUGCGCUGACGCUUCUAUGUGGGUUUUGUAGACCGAUGCGGAGGUGUCCGGAGUGUCCUAGUGAGUAUCUGAUUGAGGUUAAGCUUAGUGAGGAUAAGGAUGAUGUGCGCGGGAGUGUUUUUAAACAGGCUAUUGUUGUUACGCGGUGGACUGAUCUUGGCGAUGGGACUAGGCCGGCUGGGAAGGAAUGGGCUUCUAUUACUGGGGCUUCGGACGAGUAUGAUUCUUUGAAGCAUUAUGCCAAUCGUGGGAUUGCUAGUAUCUUUGAAGCUGCUUUUACCGCAGAUACUCUUCCUGGGCAAAGGAUUAUUUCGAUGAAUCCUAAGGGUGAGAAGUUGGGGGAGAAGGGACAUAGCUGGUAUUGA